UAUUCUAUUUUCGGUGCCUUUAUUCCGAUGGCAUGUGAAUUGUGAAGUGAGCGGUUGUUGAUUAUUUAAACUUGAGUAAUAUAUAUUGAUAAAAAUGGUGCAAAACAGUAGUAACACGUGUAAAUUACUAGAUAAAAGAGUGUUUAAAUUUUUCGAAAAUUUUAUUAGUGAAAAUAAAGAGACACGCAUCCACGGCGCACAUAAGUUAAUAACAUUCCUUUCCAGCGAUGACGAUGGUGUUCGGAAGGAAAAGGAACGUGCGUAUGCUCUGAAGCGAUUAGUGCGAGGUGUUGGUUCCGAUAACAAUGUGUCAAGAGUAGGGUACUUCACAGCCCUGGUUGGCUACUUACAUCAAUUCAAAAAUACCGAACAUUGUCCAACAAUAACGGACAUAUUUGACUUGGUAAAAUCGGAGCUUUCCGACUCUGAGAAAGAUGAUGCUGAUAAACAACAAAUCAAAUUAGACAUCAGAGUAGGUAAAGUGUCAGUAUGCGGAGCAAUUAUCAAUGCUGAUUUAAUACAAAAGGCUUCCGACCUGGAACUAGAAAUGGUGGUAAAAACUUUGAAAAAAUGUGCACACAAAGUGUUGACUUCACUAGCUUUUGUGUACCUUAGUGAGCUUGUUCAAAAGAUCGACUCCAAGAAAUUCAGCAAAAUAGUUUGGCCAGUGCUUGAGCCAAUGAUUACUGUUUCGAAAGAACAGCACUCAAUGGAUACAAUCUACUUCUUACUAGCUGCUUUGACGACUCAUAAAAAGUCUGUAAAUCAACAGUUUUUUGAAUCUAACUUCGGUUGCCCUCAGUUAUUUCACGAAAACAACUACGAAUAUCUGGCUCGGUUGUUAACGGAUAUCAAGCACACUCUAGUAAUAAAUCACCCAUUAUAUGACUUCAUGAUUGAACACCUUGUACGGAAGAAAGUCGUGGUAGAAUUUUGGAACCAUGGAGUAGAUAAGAUUCUACGGGAAGACGAUAAUGUGUGCAAGUUUAAAGAUAUAGUGUCAUUACGUAUUUUGAUAACCAUUUUGAACAAAUUGGAAAAUUAUUCGGCCCUUCCGGAUUUACUUAGUCCUGGUCUAAUGUCUAUGACUAUCAACCGAAUUAAAAACUUUUCCCUGAUGAGCGAAGAUGUACGCGAUUUGUAUAAAGAAACAUUUGAAACACUAAAUAAGUGUUAUGCCAACAUUUCCGAUGAGCAGUGUAAGUUGCAAAUAUUUGAGAAGCUGCUAAACCCACCAAGCAGUAUCUUGAUUGAAAAGUAUGCUUCAAACAAAUCUGUUCAAAAUCUGUUAUCGAACAUGAACGACGUGGACAGUGUAAAGAAAGCUGCCUCUCUUUUGAAGCAGAUGAUAUUAGCUCAAACAGACACCGAUUUACUUAAUUCCGAACGCGUGCAUGCAGCGCAAACAUUACACAAACUUCUUGGUCAUCGUGCUCUUCUAUCAGAUAAAGAAUGGAGUAUCGGAAUAGUGAAAUUCUUUCUCAAUCUUGGCGUGUUUUACUCCUGCGAUGGUGUGAAGAUACUCAAGAGCAGCAAAACUCGGGCCACUGCCAUAUCAACAGAGUUAGUUCCAACAAUGAAAUCAUUAUUUUUCCACUGUUUAGAACACCGACAUGCGAAACUAACGAAAGAGAAAUCUUUUUUGUUGUCAAUUAUCGAUCAUGUGGAAAACAUCCUGCAAGCCGUGGGCAAUAAAUCUCUGCGUACACCGUUGAGCGAAGAUCACUUACAGCUCUGGCAUCGGAUGUAUGCCACUGUUCAUUCUAAGGACGAGCUCAACAAGAGACUCGGGACCGUGUUUCAUGUACUGAUGAUGUAUAUGGGUCUACAUAUGUUUAGUGAUCCCGAGUUGGCAAGUAGUUCGAUCGUAGAACUAGAAAACGUUAUGAAGAGAAUCAAUGCUAAGAAAACGAUCAAGUCUAAAAAUAAGAUGGAAAUCAAUCAGCACAACUUGAGCAAUGAACCCGAAUGGAUUGAGGUAGUUGUCGAUUUAUUUCUCAAUCUGAUGUCACAAAACUCUCACCUACUACGUAAAGUGGUCGGACACGUGUUUCCACAUUUAUCCGGCGAGUUAACGCUUACGGCCUUCAAUCAAAUUCUAUCCGUCAUCAAUUUGAAGGAUAAAAUAAAUCCGCUUAGUAUUGCGGAUCAGGAAAAUGGUGAUCCAGUCAAGCAAAACUCGGAUCCAGAAGAAGAUGAUGAUACUAGCGGUGUAGAAUCGGAUGGUGAUAUGAGUGAAAAUGAACAAACACAAUCUGAGAGUGAAAAUGAUGACGAAACCGAGUUUUCGGAUGAUGAAGAAGACGAGAAGGUGACAGAUAAAAUGCGUAUUGCGAUUCACGCUGCACUUGGAAAUGCGAAUCCAGAGACUGAUACCGAAUCUGUGGAUUUGGAUGACAUGAAUGAAGAGCAAGGUCGAAAAUUAGAUGAAGCACUGGCAGCAGCAUUCAAGAUGUUCAAACAAUCAAAGAAAACCAAACCGACAAAGGCAGAAGAGCGAGUUGAAACUACGUUGACCCAUUUCAGGAUGCGCGUAUUCGACCUGAUCGACAUUUACUUGAAAAACUCUCCCAAUAUGAUUAUUUGUCUGGAACUGAUGUUGUACGUGUUCGAAAUGCUACCGGUUGCUACCAAGGAAGUAAAGCACAAACAGAUAUUAGAUCGCUAUCGGCAGAUUUUCAAUAACCUAACUAAAAUCAAGCAGUUCAAUUCAGAUACGAUGGACGUUUCACCAGAGCAACUGUCACAAAUAUUAACGGAUUUGAUGGAGAAAGUUGCCAAAGGUGCAUAUUUCCCGGAGAAGAACCAAUAUCUUAUAAAAGCGUGUCAGUUCAUAGUUAUCUGCUCACAGCUGCUGGAGCAGAACGUGUCGGAAGGAAAAACCAGCAACAUAGACAAAACCUUCUGCAAAUAUUUAAAAGAAUUUAUCCCAGAUCGUAAUCCUCCGUUAACAUUAAAUGUUUUCCAGUCUCUCUUUCGCAUGAAUUGGGUUGGAAACUGGCGUUUAGCGAAAGCUUUAGCAGAAAAUGGCCUUAAGAAGGAUGUCAGAAUAGUUCGCAGAACGCAGGCGUUGCAACUUUUGAAGGAGCUCAUGAAGAACCGAAGAUUUCUCGCUGCCAAUUUUAAGACCUCCCUGAAAUCUCUUGGCAGUAUUGUUAAGUAUCUUGCCAACUACAUUGAUGAACAACAACACUCGAGCACUGUAGCCCAAAAUGAGUUUAGCGAACUUGUUCAGCUGUUGUUGGAAUUGCACAAUUUUCAACGGCAACAUCCAGAACCACAAUUGCUAUCAUGGGAACAAGUUGGUCUUCUAAUACAAAAGUUACGUCGAAUCAAUUUGAGUUCUCAUAAUAUGAACCAAUAUGUGCGACUCUGUAAGCAACUUCAUAUAAAACCUAUCAAAAAUGUCCAACUGAAAACUGAUAGUCAAAAGACGGUGAAAACUAACGAUGAGAAAAGUGAGCUAACUGAAGAACACGAAACAAAAGUGCACACCGAAAAUGGAACCGUAAAACGAAAAAAAGGACCUACCUCUUCUAAACAGAAGCGUCUCAAAAAUGAAGAGCGUCUGAAAUCGGCAUCGCUAGGUAUGGAGUCAGUGUCUUUCGUGUGAAAAAAAAUGAAAAUUAAAUUA